AUGGCUGAAGGCAGCAGAUCAGUAGCAUUCUACCCUAUAGAGCUGAAUCGUAAUCAGCGCAGUAGUGACAGCGCGGCAUUCGCACAUGCAUUUGGCGCUCUUGAGGUAUCGGCCGUAACCAUGAUUGUUUGUGGCGAGAUUUGUACGGCAGAUCAUCAGACCCCAGAUUUCCUUAUCGACCGCCGCUGGGUCGACCACAUCCAACCGCGCAAUGUGAACCACUCCAGAGUCCGCAGUGGUGUAUUGAGGCGCUAA